AUGCCGUCCCACGACCAACAGUCCCAUCAACAGCCACAGCAGCAGCAACAGUACGUUCAGGUGAGCACCGGGAGUAUGACCAGUGGUGCCCACGUACUCAUCAAUAACAGUGUCAACACGACUACAGCCAAUACGACGAGCGCCAGUAUAUUACCGCCGUAUUCACAGGCAGUCAGUAGUAAUUCGAUAUACCCGAUGACCGUAAAAGUGGAGCCCCAGUCUGGCCAACACAAACACGCGGCCCCGUCCACGCGCACCGGUAUGUCACCACCACUUAGCGGCCCCCUAUCGCCAGUCCAGUCGUCAUCGCUGGCACCCAUCGAUAUGGCCGACCAGGAGAGGAUCAAAUUGGAGCGCAAAAGGCUGCGCAACCGGAUCGCCGCCUCCAAGUGUAGGCGCCGUAAGCUCGAGAGGAUCUCCCGGCUCGAGGAUAAGGUGAAGGGCCUGAAGGGCGAGAACAGCGAGCUGUCCAUUGUGGUCAAUAAGCUCCGGGAUCAGGUGUGCUCGCUCAAGCAACAGGUGAUGGGCCAUAUCAAGUGCGGCUGUCAGCUCAUGAUGCCCCAGUAGCCUAGCUACCAGUCCCCCUCAUACUCUGUCCAGUUGUACAUUGAUAUUAUGGUGGGUUACUGGCCCACACACGCAUACACCCUCCACCCCAUACACCCUACAUACAUACCUACCCCCUCUCGUCAGACACCAAUUCAUGUGAAUUACAUACAGACUUACAUCUCAUUGAAAAUGCUAUUGACUUAAAAUUGACAGUAAUUUUUGUUUUAUUGGUUUUUAUGUUUGAG